CACACAGUGAUUAUUGUGAUGGAUAAUUUCAGUAAUUACUGUGAUGUUUGAUUUCUCUGAAAUCAAAUAUCAAUUUACAUUUAUUUUAUGUUCUCAGUAACUGAAUAUGGCAGAGGACAGUGGACGGUCGUACAGUUCUAAAGUUGCUAUCUAACUAAAGUUAGCUUCUUUUGCAUGAUAACUGAAUAUGGCAGAGGACAGUGGACGGGGGUACAGUUCUGACCAUUCAAGCGCAUCCACUUACAUUCUGUCUCGAACAGAAAGUGACUUCUGUCUCAGUUCCUCAGAAGAGGAUGACAUGCCACCUCCUCCCCCUCCUCCUUCUCCAUCUCCUCCUACUCCCCUUCCUCCUUCUCUUCCUCCAAUUGAAGAUUACUUUGGUGAUGACGAGUAUGAGGAAGACACAGAUGAAGAGGAGAGGGAUGGGUUGAAUAUUUAAAUAAAAUUGUUUUUCUUUUACUUUACCUCUGAUCUUUGUGUAUCUUUGAGCAUGCAGUGUGACUGUGAGUCUUUGUGUUUGUGCCUUUACUACCAUUAUUACCACUACCAAAUGUUACAUACAACUCUGAGUAUUAUUUACAAAGCCUGUUUGAUCAAAUAAACAGUAUUUAAUUCGUGAA